ACAGUCGCGGCGAAUUUGUCGAUGGUAAACGAUGUCUGUAUUUGUUCUCUUGUUGUGUGGGUGUGGAUUCAUUUCACGGAAUAAAAAUUAAUAGAACUAUGUAAUUUAUUAUCAAAAUGUGCUCAAAUAACUGUGUUGGUGUUGUUGAGUUCGAUUAUGUUGUACUAAAGCUAAAUGGUAGCGACAUUACAUCAUUGUCAAGUUAUGAAGCGGUUCAAAUGUUCCUUCAAGCUAAAGAAACCCUAGUAGUUGAAUUAUGCCGAAAGAAAAAUCCAAUAAGUCCGUCAAACUCGAACGACGACAUCGAUUCUUCGAUAGAUGCCGUUUAUCAGGAGGAGGAGGAUGAUAUCUGUGCUAAAACAAAAAGUGUUCAAAUACCAGAUGCCAGUGCAAACAGUGCCACCGAAAAUGAUAACUCCACCAAUCCUUUGCCACCGUCAGCUAAAAAUCAAAUCAUAUUAACUUUGCGCACCUUUCGAAAUGUUGAGCAUACCGAGCAUACCCCCACUGUUGAUGUUGAGCCCUCAGCAUUAUCAAAGGAGACACAAACGUGUGAAACGUUUGUUGAAGUAAAUAAAACUAAUAAAAGGGUUAUGGUGGGGCAUCGCGAUCAAAAUAAAGAUAUUGUCCAAACUAUCGAUCAUUUUAUCGAGCAAGAGCAUCAUCUCUUUGAGCAGUGUUUGGAACCAGAUAUCGACAUCGAGGAAGUAACGCUCGUUAAGAGAGACUCAACUAAUGAUCAAAUAGGACUCAGUGUUUCCUGCAAUGGCUUCUAUAGUAACAGAUAUAGCGAAGAAAGUAUUGUUAAGUCUGUGAUAUGCAACGAAAACAUUAACACAGACUCGAAGGCACCAACAGAUGAUGUGGAUUCCUGUGAGAAUGUUUUCAUAAGUGAUAUUCAACCAGAGAGUGUUGCAGCGAGGGAUGGUCGGCUAAGGCGUGGUGAUCACAUUCUUCGCAUCAACGGCAUGGACAUCAAAAGUAAAAAACACGCUGAAACACAAAUAGCCGAGAAUAAUAUGGCUGUUACGUUGCUUGUCAGUCGACUCUUAUAUCCCGACGACGACGACGACGACGAUGAUGAUGACGAGGAUGAAGAUGAGGAUGAUGACGAUGAUAUGGAUAGUAACUUUGAAUAUGCUAACAGCUUCCUUUCUGAUUACACAAAUGUUGUUGACAAAUUGGACAAAGUUCUUUUAUCACAACGGCAGUCAAUAAAUGCCGUUAACAAUCUAAUAACUGAGCCAUCUGCAAAAUCUAUUAAAAUACCAUCAGCCCCCAACGGUUCGGAAGCAAAUAUAGAAAUGAGUAAAAUUAAGAGUCAAACACAUACUACUUCCACAGACAAGAACUUCAUUGAGAAGCCAAGAAUGGCGAGUCACUCAAAGUUCGAGUUAGAUAGCAAUGCUGCGAGCCAAGAAAUAGCAUUGAAACAAUUAGUAGAUAAAAGCCUGCCAAAUACAACGAAAAGUCCAACUAUCGCGAAAACUAAACAAUAUGAUUAUGAUGAUUGCGAGCAUAUUUAUGAAACAAUUCCCGAGGAUUCCGAAACUGAGCCACUUUACUGCUCACCAUAUCAAAGCUCAAACUAUAUGACCGCAAUGGGAUCUUGCUCAUCACCAAUGAUGGCCGAAUCAGAUGUUUUAGAAAUGCAGCAGCAAACACAACGAGUUGCCCAAUGGUUGGGCAUUAAGUCGCAGAUCAGCCCAAGAUCAGUACACACACUGGCUGCUGGCCGUCCAAGCUUGUACCAUAAACAGCAGCAGCAGCAGCAUCGAAUAUCAUCGAAUCGCGUAUAUACACUGCGCAGUGCUAUAACAAAUACGAGUGGAUCAAGUAGUAGUGGUGGGGCUGGAUAUAGUGCAUGCGGCCAUAAUAAUGUUGAAAAAGAGAAUAAAAGCAUGAAUCAAGAAGAAGUUGACAACUCUUCAAGUGCCUAUAAUACAGGUGGCUCCAAUAACAGUGCUUCCCCCCGCCAAAAUGCCUCAAAUCUAGACAAUGAAACUAUUGCCACAGCUGCCAACAAUCCGAUAAUCGCCGCUAACUCCUAUCAAUGCAACGCGCAACCCAUUUUAGUGCAAUCACAGUCAUCAAAAGAUGCGUUCUUAAAAACUCCGGUAACUAGCAUGCUUAUGCUGCCAUUCGGAAAGACCGGACGCAUAUUAUGUUCCAACCCCACCCAAAAUAGUGGUCCUGGCGAAAACACCACUCUAAAUAAAUCAUCUACAGACGAGAUGAACCCUUUCGCACUCAACGCAUCAGCACCAGCAAAAACAGACUCUAAAAUAAUGCGACCCAAGCCCAUACCAACAGAAGAACAUCAAAGCCAAUGCCCUCAAUUCAAUGCGCCCAAUCUGAGCCGUUAUCACUUUGUUAGCAGUCAAGAGAUCAGCAUCAACAGCCAAGUUGAUUUUACCAUAUCCGUGUGUCCGUUUUUAUGCGAAUAUAUCAUAAAGCUGCUAUGGGAACGAAAGAAAAACAAAUACAUUCAUAUAUACAUAUUGAUAAUCUUAAUUUACCUGACACGUGGAAAUGGUAAUUUCUUAAACGCACGUAGCCGUGACUAUGGGUUGCAGAGAAAUGCGGACAGCAGUAAAUUAGUCAAGGGCGAAGAAGAUGGAGCAUCAUCAAAUGUAAAUACCGGGCUAGUUGAAGAUGGCGGCGGAGUUCGAGCUGUUGGCGAAGUGUUUGUACCAAAAACGUUUCCAAUGAGUUCGCAGGAGCCGUCAUGUGAGCAACUGCGCGCUAUGUGGAUAUUUUCAAAGAGACAAUCUCGUGGAGCGGAAAUAACAAACGAAAUACCAACAUACCGUGACCCGUUCACAUAUAAUGUCUGGGAACCACUUUACUCCAACUCUCGCCUGCUCGGCUCGCUGCGAAUGGGCGCAAGGGAACGUGCUCGAUCGCCUGUUUUUGGCCGUGUUGUUAGCCGUGAGCCAAUUAUUCCACAGCGUGUCAACUUUGAGCAACGCCAGCGGCAUCUCGAUGGCAGCCAGUCUAGAUUAUAUGGCGCCGAGGUGCGGCCAAUAAGUGCCGGAUCGGUGCCGGCACCGGCACCCUCAUCACCCCGCAGGUCCAGCAAGAAUCGACAUAUGGGCGUACCAAAUAGCUCCUCCGGCAACCAAAACUCGGUGGCCGUACAGGGCAGCUUCCAAAAGCUUAAGGAACUCAUCUGGACAGAGCGGGCCAAGGAGUUAACCCAACAACGUCGAGCUGAAGAGCUGGCAGCUCGGGCGGCUGUGCUCAAGGAAAUCGCAAAUGGGCAAAACAUACAAUCGUCGUACAAGCUGCCCUUCAAUAAUAACCAAGGAGAUUCGAUUCUGAUGGAUGAGAAUCGCAGCCCCGAUAGUUCCGGCAAUCAAUAUUUGAUCCAUGAUCGAAUGUCCAUUGCGAAUAUACAAAAUUUUGAUGCCAACAAUAAAAAUGCUGGGCACAGAAACAACGGAGCUCGAGCCUCCACGCGCCGCAUCGGAAGUGCUUAUGGGUCGGCUACUAACGGUAAUAAUCCGGCGCGUAAGGAUUCCUAUUUUUCUGGAAACUCUCCGGCCUCUGGUCAACCGAAAACAGUUACUCGCCUAAGGAUUCCACUCACCGAAAUCAAUCCGGCGGCUGAAUUACCAGAAAAAGAUCAAACCGUUAUUGGUAUACCACGAACAUACCCUAUACGGCAAUCGCAUUUUAGGGAAAGGAAUCGAUCCCUUCUAAAACAGUAUCCGCCAAAUGAAUACUUUGAACGGAACACGAGAAUAUUGAAGAGUUUGCAGUUUGGGCCUGAGACCUCAGUGAGAGGAGAUUCCAAUGACAACUAUUUGAGUCCCUACACAUCCAUCGAAGAAUAUGGCCCGAAACCAGGAAACGUAAAGAUGGACGACUGUAACAAAUCCGAAUCCGAUUCCGAGGAAUUUUUUGAUGCACGCUCCGAUCAAUUGGAUAUGACUCCAUUUGAAAUGGAUCUGAAAACUUCGCUGGAGGAAGCAAAGCUGGCUAUUGAUUAUUUCUUUGACAACAAGUUCGAAGAGGCUCGAACUCUUUUGAAGCCGUUUGCCGGUUCGAGUCUAUACCACUCAAUGGGUACGGCAACAUUUUCAUUUCUGGAGGCAAUGCUCACUUUUGAGCAUAUUGAUGAGGCAUCGGCCGAGCUGAAAAAGUGUGUCGAGCUCUGUCAACGUUUUCGAAAGAAAAACACCCUAACCGAAUCUAUUGGCAAUACAUUUAAGAAGAAAAACUUUAACACGCUCACAGACCUGGAAUGCCAUGCUGAGCUCUGUAUGGCCGAGGUGCUCCUGAUGAGCGCUCUGCUCACCUUUAUCGAGGACGAGAAUCUCAGUGGACUGAUCCGGGGCAGUCUGCAGGUGCGCCAAUGCUAUAAUUGCUUCAGAUUCUGUGGACAAAUAUUGAAGCAUCGCAUGUGGGAUUCGAGCUCAAUGAGUGUGAGAAAUCAUUUCAGUAGCGGAGUACAUCUGGGUAUCGGCACUUUUAACUUAAUGAUGUCCAUGCUGCCGGUUCGCAUUGUUAAAAUACUGCAAUUUAUAGGAUUUUCGUCAAAGCGGAACGAUGGCCUACAGGAUCUGCGUAGAGGAUACCAAGAGAACGGGCUGCGGCAAAUACUUUGUGCUUUAUCCUUGCUCGGUUAUCAUUUGAUGGUUUUGCCCAUGGUCAGCGAAAGGCAUUCCCACGAGGAUCUGAGCAUAUGCGACGAGAUACUAACCUCCCAAUUGGCCAAGUACCCGAACAGCGUUUGGAUGCUCUUCUUUAAGGGUCGAUUCGAAUUGGUCAAUGGCAAUCUGGCGGGAGCCGAGUCCUGGUACUUACGUUCUUGGAAAUCGCAGAAUGUUUGGCCACAAUUUCACUAUUUAAGCUUUUGGGAACUUCUAUGGAUCAAUUGUAUACAACAAAACUGGGAUAAAGCUCAAUUUUAUGCCAACCAACUGCUCGAGCAGAGCAAUUGGUCGCGCGCGAUAUACGCCUAUCAAUUGGCUGCCAUCAAAUUAAUGUCAUCCCCAGGAUCAGCAGACAAUCUGCAGAAAAUUGAUCAACUAAUGACGGAGGUGCCCACGUGCAGGCAAAAAAUUGCCGGCAAGUCGUUGCCAAUGGAGAAGUUUAUGGCGAAACGUGCCAUCCGAUAUAAGAGCCAGAAUGAGCGUCUGGUUUUGCCACUGAUAGAGCUUAUGUAUCUGUGGAAUAUGUUCAAAUUCAUCGGUAAGGAUUAUCAGAUCGCCGAUGGCAUUCUACAAAUCAUCGACUCGGAAUUUGCCAUGCUAAACAAUCCAGGCGUUAGCCCAGCUACAAAUUUAUACAACGCCGAUAAUCGCGCAUUAUGUCUUCUCUUACGUGGAUCUUGUUAUGCACAAAUGGGCAAGCCGGCGUUGGCUCUUCAGGAUUUCUAUGAGUGCAUUGCACAAAGCGGCAUUGUCGAGGAUCACUUUAUUAUCCCGUACGCUUAUGUGGAAGCUGCACUUUGUCACGCAUCGGAAAAUCAAUCUCUGGCUAUAUCCAUGCUACAGGACACCAAAAAAAAGUUCUCAAAAUUCGCAUUAGAGUCGCGACUACACUUUAGAAUACAUAUGGCUCUCAUGGAUCUCAAUGGCAACUUGGAUACCCACAAAUAGUUUAAUUUGUUUGUUUUUUUUUUUUUAAUUCCUUUUUAAUUUUAUAUUUUGUAUUAAACG